UCUGCCUCUCUCUCACCCCCACUUUUUGCUCCCAUGACCAUGGAUGUAUCCGGCCCCCGCAGUGGGUCCCUGGCGUAGUUGUAGGACUAUGGGAGAGGUAUAAGAGGGGCGUAGAGGAAAAGCACCAGGCACUCUGUCAUGGCCGAGAGUCAGGACGGAUCUCUUAAAGCCAAUUUUGGAACUGACGGAGAGGCUUGGAUGUCAUCUUCACUAAAGUGUCUCUCCGGCUACUUAACCCACCACUGAUGUAAAUGGCCGUGUUUCAUGUGUUCAGUUCAGCACAUCAAGGGCUCCUUUGGUGAUGCAGCUUUCUAGGCUGUGAAACUGAAGUUGUGUUUGACAGAUCUCCAAGAUGGACAACAUUACAGCCGACCCUAACGCGGCCCUCAAGCUCACAUGCAACAUGACCGGGCACCACGAUUUCAUCUUCACGUUCAUCCCAGUAGUCUACAGCUGCAACUUUAUCAUCGGAAUCGUAGGCAACAGUUUGGUAGUCGCUGUCAUCUACUUCUGUUUAAAGCUGAAGACUGUUGCCAACAUAUUUGUUUUGAACUUAGCCAUGUCAGACUUGACUUUCCUCCUCACCCUGCCCAUUUGGGCCAUAUACACCGCAACAGGCUACGAGUGGCUCUUUGGAGACUUCCUAUGUAAAGCCAUCGCUGGUAUGGCUCUCCUUAAUCUAUAUACUAGUGUUUUUCUCCUCACUGCUCUCAGCAUUGACCGGUAUCUAGCCAUCGUUCAUCCCGUCAAGUCCCGACGGUGCCGUACGGUGGUGUACGCCCGUGUGACAUGCGUCUUGGUUUGGGUAGUGGCUUUCCUUUUAAGCCUUCCCACAGCUGUUAUCCGUGGGACCCAUUCUAUACAACAUAACAAUGCAACAAUAACUGUAUGUGCCAUUCUAGACAAAAAAGAUCACCCUAAUGUGGCAAUGGCAGUGGCAGCUCUCAGUCUGAUGAAGGGCGUUCUUGGGUUCCUUCUGCCCAUCACCAUCAUCCUCACAUGCUACUGCCUGAUCGGUCGGUCUCUGCUCAAAGCACGGGACAUUCAGAGGAAUUCCAAAUCGAACGGGGACGAGGUGUUGAGCAUGCUGGCCGCCGCCGUGCUCUCGUUUUUCCUUUGCUGGACGCCACAUCAGAUCUUCAACUUCAUGGACAUGCUUCUUCUGCUGAAAGUGAUUGACAACUGCAAUGUCACUGAGAUCAUUGACACCGGAAUGCCGUUUACCAUUUGUGUUGCCUUUUUCAACAGCUGCAUGAACCCAAUCCUGUAUGGUUUUGUUGGGAAGAACUUUCGCAGGAAUUUGCUGAAGCUCUUGAGGUGUUCCUCGACCUCUGUGGCCUCUCACCCCACCCUCAGUACCAAGAUGAGCUCACUUUCAUAUCAAACCUCGGAGUCAUUACACCUUUCCGUCAUUAAACCGUCCUCACUACCUCAGGCCACAUGAGAAAAACAGGAAGUGAAUGAAUCAUCAUCAAACUCACUGAUUCAAAUCAGAAGAUGACUCUUGCUUAUUGUGUUGUUACUUGAUACUGGAAUGGGAACAAAAUAUUGUGAUCCAUCUUUUUGUCUUUUAAGGUAUUGUUUGGUCAGUGUAAAUAUACUACAAACUAUUCAUUAUCGACAUGCUGGUAUAUGUAAAUUUUAUCCAACAA